AGCUCAGAGGGUCUGAAGAUUUGAUCAAAAAUCAUAUCACCAUAUUUAAUAUGUUACUGGAUUGUGCGGAGCUACACGUACCUACUGCUCCCGGAGAAGUUUUCUAGUAACAAAUAUUGUGGAGACGCCAAUGAAGAAAACCUAUAUGCAGAUGUAAAUUAGCGGCAAAUCCCUUAAACCCAAGUCGCUAUUUGAUUGAGUGAGAGCAAAAGAAUGGAAGAAAAGCGAAGCAACAUCGAAAAUCAUCAAGUAGAUGAAGAAGAAGAUGAGGGUCCACCACCUGGUUUCGACUCUUUAGCUGUACCAUCGCAAAACACCAAUGUCGUCAUAGAUGAAGAUGAUGAUGAAGGCCCACCUCCAGGUUGGCCUUCAAUUCCUCAGCAAAAUAAUCAGAAUCUUCUCCAGACUACUGAUGUAGAGAUGGGGAGCAAAGGACACGAAUCAGAAGACGAUGAAGAUGGUCCACCACCUGGGUGGAACACUGUAAUCCCACAGAAAAAAUUGCCAUCUUCACUGCCAACAAUAGAAGCAGUUACUUGUGAUAUAGAAAUGGAGAAGAAAGAAGAAGUCGUUGAAGAUAAAGAUAAUGGUCCACCGCCAAGAUGGAAGUUGACCCCUAAACUACCACAGCUACAAACAUCUACACCACCAUCAGGGACACAAGGAGCUUCUCUUGAAGAUAUAGAAAUGGAGAAGAAAGAAGUCGUUGAAGAUGAAGAUAAUGGUCCACCGCCAGGAUGGCAGUUGACCCCUCAACUACCGCCGCUACAGACAUCUGCACCACCAUCGGGGACACAAGGUCUUGCUGCUUUUGUAGACGUUGAAAUGGCGAGCAAACAGGACUGUGAUGUUGAAAAGGAAGGACAUCCAUUGGGAUCAGAAUCCAUUCCUAUGACUGGACAUUCAUCACCGCCUACACCACCACCUCAGUCGUCAUCAUCAGUUGCUUCUUCUGAAAUGGAGAUGGGUAGCAAACAAGAAGGCACAAAGAAUGAGGAGGUAAGGCCCCAAAUUGAAAAGCAAUCAAUGUCACAUUUACGACAGAUGAAAUCUAUAGUGCCUCAAUCCUCAUCACAUGCUGCAACAGUUUCUGCCGAAAUGGGUCAGAUGGUAUGUGGUGGUUGCCGACAGUUACUUUCUUAUCCACAAGGGGCUAAAUUGGUGAAGUGUUCAUGCUGCCAGACUGUCAAUCUUGUGCUAGAAGAAUUGGCCCAAUAAUCUCUUUGCGGAUGGAGUUGCAGUGAGGAAUCCAAGCAUCAGUCAGGAAAUUGACUUGGUUUUUUUUGUGGACUACCCAUCUAGUGGCUGAAGAGCUGUCUACCCAACCAUUUUGAACAUUAUGCCAGGUUCUAGAAGCCACUUUCUUUCCUCUUGCAUUGUUUCUGUUAGGUUUAUGGUAUUUGUUGAGGAGUAUUUUAGCCCAUAGCUUAGUAGGGUUUUGGAAUACUCUCCAAGCUAGACUUGAAAUGGUUGCUCUAUUCUUGAUCUCACUUUUUUGGAGUCCCAGUCCUCCCAUGCACUUCUUUUCAGUGAUGAGAUUCUAGUUGAUCAAGUGGAUUUUCCUUUUCUCAGCAGUAGUUCCCCAGACAGAAUCUCUUUGGACUUUAUUGAUGGUUUCAGUGAUUCUAUUGGGAAGUUUGAUGUACUGCAUAACAUGAGCUGGGAUGCUUCCUAGUGCAGCUUUAGCGAGAACAGUCCUACCAGUUAGGUUUAGGAACUUGGUCUUCCAGCCUGUGAGUUUUUUCUCAUGUUGUCAAUGAUGUAUUGGAAGUCAGAGUUAUUAUGUUUCUUGCUGAAGAUGGGAAACCCCAAGUAUUUUCCUAAGGAGUCAGAAGGAGCAAUGUUGAGCAUGUUAGAACACAUGACUUUGGUGUCAUUGGAGCAUUUCUUGGAGAAGAUAACUCUGGAUUUUGAGUGGUUGAUCCUUUGGCCAGAUUUGUUGCAGAAGUUUUGAAGGGUGUUGAGAAUGGUGGUGCAGUUAGUAGCGUCAGCUCUGGCAAAUAGGCAUAGGUCAUCAGCAAAGAAAAGAUGGGAAUUUUUUUGGCCCCUGUGAGUUGUUUUGAUAGGGGUCUAUAGUUUCCCAUUGGUGGAAGCCUCUAUGUCUCUGGAGAGUCUUUCCAUACACAUGAUGAAGAGCUAGGGGAACAUAGGGUCUCCUUGUCUGAUGCCUCUAGAGGAUUGGAAAUAGUCAGUCUUCCCACCAUUGAUCAGGAUGGCAAUGGAGGAGUUGUUGACACAAGACAUGAUGAGGUUGGAGAGGUUAGUAGGGAAAUUGAAAGUAGUUCAAUGUAUCCCUAAUGAAGGACCACUCCAAUUUGUCAAAGGCCUUUUCCAAGUUUAUCUUUAGGAUAAUAUUGGAGCUUUUCCCUCUCAUUUUCCCUAACUGGGAGAUGUAUUCUUGGACAAUGAUGGCAUUGUCAGAGGCUCUCCUAUUGGCUAAG